UGGAGAGAAUUGUAAUGCUGGCAGCGGGAAGCCUUUAUAUAAGCUCUGUAACAGAAGAUGAUGCUGGAAUUUACACAUGUAUAGCAGAAAAUACAAACCAAAGUAUCCAAGCCCAGGCUGAGCUCAGCAUACAAGUGCCUCCUGUAUUCCGUGUCAAACCAUCAAACACUCAUGCUCAUGAAUCUAUGGACAUUGUAUUUGAAUGUGAGGUGGAAGGCAAGCCCACUCCUACCAUCAAGUGGGUGAAGAAUGGUGAUAUGGUGAUUCCCAGCGACUACUUCAAGAUCGUGGAUGAUCAUGACCUUCAGGUUCUGGGGCUGGUGAGGUCCGAUGAAGGAUUCUAUCAGUGUAUUGCGGAGAGUGAGGUGGGAAAUGCGCAGGCAGGAGCACAACUCAUUAUUCUGGAGCCUGGUGUUACCGUUCCAACCUCUCCCGCUCCCUCACUGACCAGUGCUACUGCUCACCAUGUAGCUGCCAUGCCAGGUGGCCCUCCACCUUCCCCUCCACGUGAUGUUGUGGCCUCUUUGGUGUCUACACGUUUUAUCAAGCUGACUUGGCGUGUACCAGCUGAUACACAUGGGGAGAAUCUUACUUACUAUGUCUACUACAGCAAAGAGGGUAUGAACAGGGAACGUGUAGAAAACACCAGCCGCCCUGGGGAGAUGCAGGUUACCAUCCAGAACUUGUUGCCUGAAACUGUCUAUUACUUCCGAGUGGUGGCUCAGAACAAGCAUGGUGUAGGAGAAAGCUCUCCUCUUUUAAAGGUUGAGACACAACCUGAAGUGCAAGUUCCUGGUCCAGCUCCUAAUCUGAAGGCGGUAUCACUCUCACCAACGUCUGUGGCUGUUAGCUGGGAAACCCCACUCUCUGGGAAUGGAGAUAUACAGAGCUACAAACUUUAUUAUAUGGAAAAAGGAGCAGGAAAUGAGCAGGAUAUUGAUGUUGGUGGACUUUCAUACACUGUGAACGGUUUGAAGAAAUAUACAGAAUAUACUUUUCGCAUAGUCGCUUAUAACAAGCAUGGGCCAGGUGUGUCCACUCAGGACAUCAAUAUUCGGACACUCUCUGAUGUUCCCAGCUCUUCUCCUCAGAACUUAACACUGGAGGUGCGAAGCUCACAGAGUAUACUGGUGCAGUGGCAGCCGCCUCCCACAGGCACUCAGAAUGGAGAGAUUGUCGGUUAUAAGGUGCGAUACCGUAAGAACACAAGGAAGAGCGAGACCAGUGAAAUCCUGGUAGACAUACAGCUGUCACAGCUUGUAGCUGGCUUAGAGAGGGACACUGAGUACAGCUUUAGAGUCCUGGCUAUGACUGUGAACGGUAGUGGGCCUGCCACCGACUGGAUGUCUGCGGAGACUUUUGAGAGUGACUUGGAUGAGUCUCAUGUCCCAGACAUGCCAAGUUCCCUGCAUGUGCGACCCCUUGUAACCAGCAUUGUGGUGAGCUGGACACCCCCAGCAGACAGCCAGCACCAGGUGGUAGUCCGUGGUUAUGCCAUUGGUUACGGCUUGGGGAGCCCUCAUGCACAGACCGUUCGUGUAGACCACAAGCAGCGUUACUACACCAUAGAAAACCUGGAGCCCAGCUCACAUUAUGUUAUCUCCUUGAAAGCCUUUAACAAUGUGGGAGAAGGAAUCCCACUGUACGAGAGUGCAGUUACCCGCCAGCACACAGUUCCUGAGCCCAGUCCCAUGUUGCCCCCUGUGGGGGUCCAGGCCACCAUUCUGAGCAGUGAUACUGUGCGGCUCACCUGGGCGGAUAACUCAUUAUCCAAGAACCAGAAGAUCACAGAUGCUCGAUACUACACAGCCCGAUGGAAGACCAACAUUCCUGCAAACACAAAGUAUAAGAUGGCUAACAGCACAACACUGAGUUACCUAGUAACUGGUCUGAAGCCCAAUACUCUUUAUGAGUUUUCAGUCAUGGUGACCAAAGGUCGUAGAUCAAGCACAUGGAGCAUGACUGCUCAUGGGACAACUUUUGAAUCAGUCCCAUCCUCCCCGCCUAAGGAUGUAACCGUGGUAAGCAAAGAGGGGAAACCACGGACUAUAAUUGUGAAUUGGCAGCCACCUUCUGAGGCCAAUGGCAAAAUAACUGGAUAUAUCAUAUACUACAGUACAGAUGCUCAGGCAGAUCUACAUGAUUGGGUGAUUGAGCCUGUGGUCGGAAACCGCCUAACUCACCAAAUCCAAGAGCUAACGUUGGAUACCCCAUACUACUUCAAAAUACAAGCAAGAAACUCCAAGGGUAUGGGCCCCAUGUCAGAGGCAGUGCUUUUUCGUACACCAAAAGCAUCAGGUGUUUCUGGCAAAGGUGUUCGUACCCCAGAAGUUGGAUCUAACAGUGGCCCGUCUCUUGGAGGUAGCAACAGUCCACAUGGGAGCCCUACUUCUCUGGACCAGAACAUGCUACUAACAAUCAUAGUAUCUCUGGGUGUGAUUACUAUUCUAGUUGCUGUAGUCAUCGCAGCUAUCUGCUCCCGCCGCUCCAGCUCUCAUCAGAAAAAGAAGAGAGCUGCCUGUAAGUCUGUAAAUGGUUCCCACAAAUACAAAGGAAAUUCCAAAGAUGUAAAGCCACCUGACCUUUGGAUUCAUCAUGAGCGUUUGGAGCUUAAACCAGUGGACAAAUCUCCAGAAACCAACCCUAUCUUGACUGAUACCCCUUUGCCACGCUCCCCCCAGGACCUCACCCCAGGAGACAGCACUACAGAGGGCAGCAUCCACCAGCAUAGUACCUCCUACCGCGGACUUGAGUCUGAGGAUUCUGUCUCUUCACUCGCUGGCCGCCGUGGGAUGAGACCAAAAAUCAUGAUGCCUUUUGACUCGCAACCCCCACAACCGGUUGUCAGUGCCCAUCCCAUCCAUUCCCUUGAUAACCCUCAUCAUUUUCGCUCGGUGCCCGGGUUCAUGCUGCACGUGCUGGGCACCCCAUCGCAGGCUGUAGGUGAGAGAGAGUCAGUGCGUCACACUCCCAGCUGUGACACUGUAGUCGCUGCAUCGUCAUCCUCUCAAACAGGCCCUGAGGAGCUGGACCCCAUUAGUGGCAGUUUCUUGCCAGGGUCCCUAGAUGAAGAUUUGGUCCCCAGUGUCCCUACUGCACAUAUCAGACCGUCACACCCUCUAAAGAGUUUUGCUGUGCCAGCUGUACCUGCUCCUGCCCCUGGGUCAACAUAUGAUCCUGCACUACCUAGCUCCCCACUCCUAGCACAACAAUGUCCUGCAGCAGUGACUGUAAAGACAGCCUCUCUUGGCACCCUGGGCAGAGUACGGCCGCCCCUCCCAGUAACUGUACCCAGUGCUCCAGAGCCAUUAGAGACCAGCAGGAUGUUGGAGGGGUCAGAGAGCAGCUAUGAGCCUGAUGAGCUUAGUAAAGAAAUGGCUCACCUCGAAGGCCUAAUGAAGGAUCUGAAUGCCAUUACUACAGCAUGAGACCGAAAUGACCCAGCACAGAGUUAAACGCUUGGCACAGCCUGCCACAGUAAAGGCAAAGACUGUAUAGCCCCCAUCACACAGGGGCCACACCCACCUGUACAGACAUGAGGCAUGUGGGGUGUUCAGGGUGGGUAUGCCAAGGCCCAGAACCUUGUUACUAUCACUUUCUCGGUUUUAUAAAAAAAAAAAUUAAAAAAAUGGGGGGUUUAUAUUAUAUGAGAGCUGAGGAACUGAACUGUGUAGUCCAUGGAAGAAUAUUGUGUGUCACCAUUUUUUUUUUACACUUAUGUCUGGCCAUUUCCCUACUGCCAAGGAUUUGUGGGUAAGCCUCAGCUUAUUACCUGCUUGGCAACGGAUGGGCUCCUGAUAAGAAGUCACCCUUUACAACUGUCAUUGCUUUUUGUGCAGUGUCCUCAGACUUCAGAACAGCAUCAGCAGCAAAUCCCUCUCCAGCCUCUGUGAGACUCAAAACAGUGUUACCCUACCCACAUGCAAACACAUUCUCCCAUUUUUUUAUUGGAUCUUCCUUCCACCUCUCCGUCCAAUUCAAGCGAUUCCCUGUAAGGCGGAGAAAGUAAUUAUAGUAGGCCACUCUGGCUGAGCUUUGGUCGGAGGACACAAGAUGUGUACACCAGUAUGUAAGCACAGCACAAUUAGAGCUGCAGAAUAAAACUGCUCUUCCCUUCUUUGCUGUGAGGAAUCGCUUGUGUUAUACCUCCCCUCUCAGUUAACCUCAUAAAGUGGCCAGAGGGGAGUCUUCUCAUCUGAUCUGCAGCACUUUCACAUGUCAAUGCAGCUUCCUUCUUGUGUGAUAUCCUUGUAUCUGUAAAUGAGAUCCAAUCCCUUUCCCCAUACAUUCUACUGUAUAUUAUCCUUUUCCCACCUGGCUUUCUGCCAUGUCCAGUUCUUUAUGUACAGAAAAUCCAUUCUAUUUUUGUUUUUAUUGCCUUUCUGUAGUGUUUAGAAUGUAUCUUUUUAUUGUGACUUUUUAUUAUAACAUCAUGAUUAUUAUUUGGUAUUGGAUUUCAAUACACUUUUUUAUUCAAUCAAA